AUGCCUGAAAUACUACGAGUUGGUAUCAUAGGGCUUGGGGAGAUUGCACAGGUCUCACAUAUCUCGGUUCUGAACAGCCUCUCCGACUACUAUACUAUCACAUACCUCUGCGAUCCCUCGCCAACUGCUCUUGAGCAUUGCUCCUCAAAGGUGACCGGGAACAAACCCCAAACGACCACCGACGCAGCGCAACUCUGUUCGUCGCCCGAUGUCGAUGUAGUUUUGAUAAGUAGCGCACACGGCUUUCAUCCUUCCCAGGCUAUAUUAGCAUUACACAACGACAAAUACACAUUAGUCGAAAAGCCAUUGGCAUUAUGUUAUCGAGAUAUAGAGCAACUCGAAGAAGCGGAAAAGGGAUCGGCAGGCAAGAUCUUUGUUGGAUAUCAAAGACGAUAUGCUCAGGCAUUCGUUGAUGCCGUGUCCGAAGUAGGCGGGCUCGGAAAGAUCCAAUAUGCGCGCGUUAGAGACAUUAUUGGACCCAACAGCGUCUUUGUAGGUCAAUCGGCAACAUACCCUAGGAAAUUCACAGACUUUAAGCAAGAGGAUUCACAAGCUAUGUCAGCGCUCCUAGAUGAACAGAUUACGCACGCAUUAGGAACAGAGUAUGGGAUAGAUGUAACACCAUCAGCUAAGGAGUUCCUAGCGUUUUUUGGAAUUCUCGCUACCCAUGACCUAAGUGCAAUGCGAGAAAUACUCGGGGGUAUGCCUCAGAAAGUCUUGGGGUCGUCUCUCGGCUUACCAUUUUGGACGGUUCUAUUCCAGUACGACGGCUUUGCUGUGACUUAUGAGUCGGGUGUCAAUAACGUCCCAAUUUUCGAUGCUCAUCUAGAAGUGUAUUCGGAAGAUAAGAUCGUUCGAGUCAAUUAUGACACUCCGUAUGUCAAAGGGCUCCCCGUCACAAUGACGAUCAGAGAAAGAAUUGGUGAAUCAGGAUACCAGGAAAGAACUGUGAGGAAAACAUAUGAGGAUCCAUAUACUUUGGAGUUCUUGGAAUUUCAUGAUUGUGCAGUGAAGGGGAAGACUCCCAAGACAAGUGUCGGGGACGCGAAGAAAGAUUUGGAUCUGUUCAAAAUGAUUAUGCAAUCUUCCAAAAUCUCAUGA